UCAGUCAGUCAGUCGAUUACACAUUAAACUCAUCAAUAAGCUGAUCAGUCAGUAAACAGGUCAGGUGACUCUCCUGGUAUCCACCUUUACUGAACAACUGGCUUCAUGCUUAUGAGAAAAUUAUCAGGAUUUUUACUUGGACGCCUGAAAUGUCUCCAACUCUCCAAAGACUGCAGAUGUUUUAUGAGGUUGUUGGCCCUGACAGCAAAGGCCCCGUCUCCUCUGGUUUUCAGCCUAGACCUUGGAACGGCUAGCAACGCCCUGCCAGAGGAUCUCAGUCUGCGUCCUGGCUCAUAGCGGGUUAAAAGGAGUUCAUCUGAACUAAAGACAGCAAACUGAACAGAGUCCUCGUCCCAGAGUGGAGACAGCUGUGGACCCAAGAGUAACAUCUGGACAGCAGAAUAACACCAGGACAGUAAAAUAACAUCUGGACAGAAGAAAAUCAGAGUCCAGUAACAUCUGGGAAUCUGGACAGUAGAAAAAUAUAUGGACAGUAAGAGAACAUCCGGACAAUAGAGUCUCAUACGGCAGUAGAAUAACAUCUGGACAGAAGUUUAACAUGUGGACAGUACAUCUGGGCAUCUGAAAAAUGAAACAACAUCUGGAUAUCAGAGUUUCAACAGACAAUAGAACGAUAUCUGGGUAUCUGGACAGUGGAAUAACAUCUGCAGAGCUGAGUUCCAUCAGGACAGUAAAGACACAUGUGGAGAGUAGAACAACAUCUGGACAGUAAAGUUCUGUCUGGUCAUCCCAGUUUUCCGUUUGGACUUCUGUCUGGUGACACUUGAGGAGCAACAAAGGAGGAGGAAGACGAGAGGAGAAGUGGGCAACUGAAGAGAGUCCAGGGGGGGGAGGAGGAGGGAAGAAGCAGGAGACAGCGGAGGGAGGGAUGGGAGGAGCCAUCUGUAAAGAGGAUGUGAAGGGGGAGAAGAGGAGGAGCGUGGGGAGGGAGGACAGUCUGACAUCAGCAGACAGGAUCCGUCGCUUCACCGUCAAACAGUUUGGAUAUAAUGUCCUGAGUCUGGCUCGCCGAGGACUGAAGGAGGUCCCAGAUGAAUUGUGGGAGCUGUUGGAGUUGGAGAAGCUGAAUUUGUCUCUCAACAGUCUGAAGGUUCUCCCUCCUCAGCUGGCUCUGCUCUCCAACUUGGUGGUACUUAACCUGUGGGGCAACCAGUUGAGCAGCCUACCAGCAGAGAUUGGACAGCUGAGGAGACUCCGAGUUUUAUUUGCCUACAGAAACAGACUGACUGAAGUUCCUGAAGAGCUGGGAGCCUGUACACAACUGGAGGUGCUGAGUUUGGCCAACAACCAGUUGUCCUCGCUGCCUGCCUCUCUCUCCAAUCUGACCAGACUGAAGAAACUCAACCUCAGUCACAACCACAUCGCUCACAUCCCGGGCUGCGUUUACAACAUGAAGGCUCUGGUAUUCCUCCACCUGGCCUAUAACCGUCUGGAGAACCUGGCGGAGAACAUCCAGGCUCUGGUGGAGCUCAAGAUCCUCAUCGUGGAGGGAAACAGCCUCCACUCUCUGCCUAAGGCUCUCUGCUACCUCACCAGGUUGGAGUUGCUAAAUCUGGACUUUAACGACAUUAAGGAUGUACCACAGGAGAUGCACCAGUUGUCCCGACUGGAGAAGUUGGCCUGCCAUCCUCUGGAUAAAGGACUCCACAUCAUCCACAACCCGCUAUUGAAGCCUGUGAAGGAGGUGCUCGAGGGGGGGCUCAGCGCCCUCUUCAACUACCUGAGAGCUGUGUAGAGGUGGAGGCGGGGCUUUUUAACUACCUGAGAGGUGGGUAGAGGCGGAGGCGGGGCUUUUUAACUACCUGAGAGGUGGGUAGAGGCGGAGGCAGGUCUUUUUAACUACCUGAGAGCUGCGUAGAGGCGCGGGUGGGGCUUUUUAACUACCUGAGAGGUGUGUAGAGGCGGGGGCAGGGCUUUUUAACUGCCUGAGAGAUGUGUAGAGGUGGAGGCGGGGCUUUUUAACUACCUGAGAGGUGUGUAGAGGUGGAGGCGGGGCUUUUUAACUACCUGAAAGCUGUGUAGAGGUGGAGGCGGGGCUUUUUAACUACCUGAGAGGUGGGUAGAGGCAGGGGCGGGGCUUUUUAACUACCUGAAAGCUGUGUAGAGGUGGAGGCGGGGCUUUUUAACUACCUGAGAGGUGGGUAGAGGCAGGGGCGGGGCUUUUUAACUGCCUGAGAGCUGUGUAGAGGUGGAGGCGGGCCUUGUUAACUACCUGAGAGGUGUGUAGAGGUGGAGGCGGGGCUUUUUAAACUACCUGGGAGCUGUGUAGAUGCGGGGGCGGGGCUUUUUAACUACCUGGGAGCUGCGUAGAGGCGGAGGCGGGGCU